AUGGGUGACUUGCGGUGCGUCUUCCUAGCCUUCUGUGAUUUUUGCAACAAAGGUUCAACAACAUGCACUGGCAAAACUUUGAGGAAGAUUUGCACUGAUUGUAAUAUAUACACAGACAAUUUGAAUGAGAACAAAGUGGACGUCCGGUUCCGCCAACACACUGGCAAUGUGAAAAGGGACGUCGACUAUGAUGGUUUUUUGGAGUUCAUUGAUGGUCCAUUUUCUGAUGCCUACGCCUGCGCCUAUAAAGUCAGUAAAAGGGCGGCAAUCGAAGCGUUAAAGUCCAAAAUUGCAGCCGGAUGGCCUCAGUUAAACAAUACAACUGAAGUUGUUUGUGAGGAGGGUCUUGAACUACUCACAGAUGUUAAACUCUUCACCGGUAUUCACAGAGCGAGAUUUGAUCCAGAAACUGGAAAGGGACUAGGCAAAGAUGAGAAGGAGUGUAAUGCUAGCUGCAACGGAUACGUCUACAGCGGCACAAACAUGACCACUUACGACUUGUCCCAUGCAUACACAUCACCGGCAAAAAAGGACUGCUAG